AUGAACACCUUUUCGAAGCUGGUUGCCCUUAGUCUGGCUACCUCUGUAGCAGGUCAUGGGUACAUGUACAUUCCCUCUAGUCGUACUCGACUUGGCCAUGAGGCCGGCAAGGACUCCUGUCCUGAAUGUGCUAUUCUGGAGCCCGUCACAGCCUGGCCGGACCUCUAUGCCGCAAAGGUCGGCCGCAGCGGACCCUGCGGGUACAACGCACGAGAUGGGAUCGACUACAACCAGCCAACCAGUAACUGGGGCGAAAAGGUCGUACAAAGCUACAAGGCAGGCGAAGAAAUCGAAGUGCAGUGGUGCGUCGACCACAACGGCGACCAUGGGGGUAUGUUCACGUACCGCAUCUGUCAGGACCAGAGUAUUGUCGACAAGCUGCUUGACCCCAGUCAUCUGCCCACAGAGGAGGAGAAGCAGGCUGCUGAAGACUGUUUCAACAAGGGUCUGCUGUCCUGCAAGGAUGUGAAUGGGCAGGAGUGUGGGUACAACGCUGACUGCUCCGAGGGCGAGGCCUGUUGGCGGAAUGACUGGUUUACAUGUAAUGGAUUCCAGGCUUCUGAGAGACCUAAGUGUCAGGGAGUUGAUAACGCGGAGUUGAAUUCGUGCUACACGAGUAUCGCGGGUGGGUAUACGGUUACGAAAAAGGUGAAGCUUCCGGAUUAUACGUCGAAUCAUACUUUGAUUUCGUUUAAGUGGAAUUCGUUCCAGACACCGCAGAUUUAUCUAUCCUGCGCGGAUAUUGCUAUUCAGUGA